UGACGCUGACCGCUAGUAUGAUAUAUGUUUACGAUACGAUAUACGGUACGACAUAUAUUUUAAAAAAUAUGAGGUGGUGCCUAGCGAUAUUGUGUCUUGGACUCUCAUCUACAAUAUGUUCUGGACAGAUGUGCGAGCCCGUUUAUGGGGUGGACUUCGAAUUGCUGACCUCUGCAUAUGCGGCGGGUGCUGAAAGUUUUCCAACACCGACUAUCGAGUAUCAUGAUCGCUCAGCGUGCAAAUUUGGAAUGAAAUACACGAAUGACGUAAUGUCAUACAUCGAAUCACUUUUCCUCAAUGUAUACCUUCAGGCUGAUCAGACAGGUCAUCAACUGAUCAAGGCUGUUAAAAGUUGCUCUAAUGUGUUAAGAGGAGCGAUCUUAUCCAUUGGGAACCUUAAAGAGACAGAGACCAGUAUGGAAGAAGGUUUGAUAUCGCUGAUUGGACAGGUUAACGUAUUUUUGAAUCUACUUCCUGGAAACGUGGACGUCAAAUUGGCGGCUCUACCCGAUUUACCUGCGGAACAAGUAACUAUCCCGCUUUCCAUUGACAAGGAGCUAUCAGCGGCUGAUUUGUUUCUCCAUUGGGCAGAAACAGCAGACUCGGUUUUCACCAGAGUGUAUGGGUACAUUACUGGAAUGUUCCUAUCCGGCUGGAGUAACGCUAGGUUGUAUUUCAACGCCGUUGGAACACAAAUUCGUAACCAGGUUCUGACUUCCAUAGCCUUGACUAACUACAAGAUUGCCGUUGCCGAAGUGCUCAGUCAGUCUGAUCUAAUUCAAAGUCACUGCACAAACGAAACAUGGGGAUUAUUCCAAGAAGUCGCUUUUAAAGUAGCUGCAAUUUCGCACAACGUGCAAGACGCGUUGGAAAACUAUAACACAUGCCUUGCAUAAUGGAACAUAUACGUACAUCGUACACUACCUUUCUAUCUAUCGUUAUAUCAAAUGAAUUUAUUGCCUUAUCUAAUUUGCGUGAUAUGAAAAUACAAUAUUUGCCAAUUCAUUUACUUAAAAAUUGAAGCCCAUCGAUAGUCAAGCGUCUAAUUUUAUAAUUAUGGUAUAAGAUAUUCCUGGAUACCCCGUAGAAAUUUGUGCUGGAUGCAAAAUAAAACUCACUUGCAAUGAAAGAAAA